UAUGGGCCCAUUGUCGAUAUUGAUCUGAAGAUCCCUCCAAGGCCUCCAGGUUAUGCUUUUGUCGAGUUUGAAGAUCCCCGUGAUGCCGAAGAUGCAAUUCGUGGUCGCGAUGGAUAUAAUUUUGAUGGUCACAGAUUAAGAGUGGAACUUGCACAUGGUGGACGAGGCCAGUCUUCAUCAUUUGACCGACAUAGCAGUCAUAGUAGUGGGGGACGCCGUGGUGGUGUCUCCAGGCGUUCAGAGUAUCGUGUUCUUGUUACCGGUUUACCUUCAUCUGCAUCUUGGCAAGAUCUAAAGGACCACAUGCGCCGAGCUGGUGAUGUUUGUUUCUCCGAAGUCUUCCGUGAUGGCGGAGGUACUACAGGAAUUGUGGAUUAUACAAACUAUGAAGAUAUGAAAUAUGCGAUCAAGAAGCUUGAUGACUCUGAGUUUCGGAAUGCAUUUUCUCGGUCAUAUAUAAGGGUAAAGGAGUACGACUCUAAGAGAAGCUUAUCUAGGAGUCGAAGCCGUAGCCGUUCCUACUCAAGAAGCCGGAGUCCCAGUCGCAGUAGAAGUUACAGCCGGAGCCGAAGCAAGUCUCCAAAGGCAAAAUCAUCACACCGUUCGUUGUCAAGGUCUAGAUCAAGAUCAGUAUCUUCUCGAUCACGCUCAGGAUCAAGGGGACGCCCUUUGUCGAGAUCACAAUCGAGAUCCAGAUCACCCUUGGCUUCUCCACCACCUAGUAAACCUGCAAGCAGAAGUCCUAGGAAGCAGAGUCCUAGCAGGAGCAGGAGCAGGAGUUCAUCGCGAUCUCGAUCCCCUGCUGCCAAAUCUGAUUGAAGUUGAUAUGUUUCCAAGGAUGGCCAAAUAGGAAUAAACAUAUUGAGUGGAUUUGGAAGCUUAUGGAUCAUGAGAGAAGCAUACUGCUUGGCCAUCUAAGGCACCAAGAUUCGUGAUUGUGCUGUCAAGAUUUGAUUUAGAAUGCUGAAUGUUUAUGGAGUUGCGCUGAACUUAUGUCAAUUAAACAAAGUUGUAUGCCAGAAUUGCUGUCAAUUUAUCCUAUCCUCGAUGACCAUGGUACUGUUCUAGUAGUUGAUGAAUCAAUACUGAUAAUUAGAUAUUUGCUUAUUACACUCGGAAUGGAGCUGCUUUUGUCGACCCGUUAGAAUUUGUCAUUUCUGUGGCAUUGACUGGUGAAGCAUGUCACCAUGGGUUUUCUUAAUGUGCUAGGGAUUGUAUCUUCGUGU